AUGGAAAGAGAUUAUAGUCACAUGGAGUUUAGCAAUAACACAGAAAUUGGAGAUUCUGAAUUUCAAGAUUUUGAAAGAACAGAUGUAAAAGACAUGAGAUUAGAAGCUGAAGCUGUUGUGAAUGAUGUUCUUUUUGCUGUUAGCAACAUGUUUGUCUCCAAAAGCCUGCCUUGUUCAGAUGAUGUUGCGUAUAUCAAUGUGGAAACAAGAGAAAGGAACAGAUACUGCCUGGAACUCUCAGAAGCAGGGCUUACGGUGGUGGAUUAUGCUUUUUACCAUGUGAAUGAUAACAUACAAACUCCCUACCAUGAAAUAGUAUACUCUUUGUUGGAUACCCUUAGUCCAGCAUACUGA